AUGGCUCCGCAUCGCAAGAACUCGUCCGUGCCGGAAGGCUACAAAGAAGACCUGUCCAAAGGUCGCAUGCUCCGCUUUGAAGACUCCCUCCCCCGCCUCCCCGUGCCCUCCCUCGAAGAGACCGGCCGUCGCUACCUGAAAUCUGUCCACCCGCUCCUCUCCCCCGAAGAAUACGAACGCACCUCCAAGGCCGUUGCCGAGUUCAUCCGUCCUGGCGGCGAAGGCGAGCCGCUGCAGAAGAGGCUGCUCGCCCGCCGCGACGACCCCUCAAUCAAGAACUGGCUCACCGAAUGGUGGAAUCACACCGCCUACCUGGGCUACCGGGACCCCGUUGUCCCCUACGUCUCCUACUUCUACUCCUACAAAGAUGACCGCAAGCGCCGUAACCCGGCUGCUCGGGCGGCCACCAUCACCACGGCGGCCCUCGACUUCAAGCGCCAGGUCGACGAAGGCUCCCUGGAGCCGGAGUACAUGCGCCGCCUCCCCAUGGCCAUGAGCUCCUACCAGUACAUGUUCAACUGCUGCCGCAUUCCCGCCGAGGGCGCCGACUACCCGCAGAAGUACUCGCCCCAGGAGAACCAGCACAUUGUCGUCGUCCGCAAGAACCAGUUCUUCAAGCUGCCGGUCGUUGUCGACGGCCAGCAGCUCACCACGGCCGAGCUGCAGAAGCAGUAUGAGCGCAUCUACAAGCUGGCCGAGCACCGGGCCCCUCCGGUCGGAGUGCUGACGGCUGCCAACCGCGACCACUGGGCGGCUGCCCGGAAGAAGCUGCUGGCUGCCAGCCCGGCCAACGCGCAGGCGCUGCGGGACAUCGAGUCGUCGGGCUUCCUGGUGUGCUUGGAUGAUGCGGCGCCCGUGACGCUGGAGGAGCGGGCUCACCAGUACUGGCACGGCGACGGAUGCAACCGCUGGUUCGACAAGCCGCUGCAGUUCAUCAUCAAUGACAACGGCACGGCGGGCUUCAUGGGCGAGCACAGCAUGAUGGACGGCACGCCGACGCACCGGAUCAACGACUACAUCAACAAGGUCAUCUUUGGCAACAAGCUCGACUUUGACAACCCGACGGUGCGGUCGACGCUGGCGGCGCCGACGCCGAUCAAGUUUGAGAUCAACGACGAGGUGGAGAAGGCGAUGACGGAGGCGCUGCAGGAACACCGGACGCUGAUCGCGCAGCACGAGCUGCGGGUGCAGGCGUUCCAGGGGUACGGCAAGGGGCUGAUCAAGAAGUUCAAGUGCAGCCCGGACGCGUACGUGCAGAUGCUGAUCCAGCUGGCGUACUACAAGAUGUACGGGAUCAACCGGCCGACGUACGAGUCGGCGUCGACGCGCAAGUUCCAGGAGGGCCGGACGGAGACGACGCGGACGGUGUCGGACGAGAGCGUGGCGUUCUGCCGGGCGCACGAGGACCCGACGGUGCCGCGCGAGGAGGUGGUGAAGCUGUUCCGGGCGGCGCUGGCGGCGCACACCAAGUACACGCAGGACGCGAGCGACGGGCUGGGGGUGGACCGGCACCUGUUUGGCCUGAAGAAGCUGCUGCGCGAGGGCGAGAAGGUGCCGGCGCUGUACCAGGACCCGGCGUACGCGUACAGCAGUACGUGGUAUCUGUCGACGAGCCAGCUGAGCUCGGAGUAUUUCAACGGGUAUGGCUGGAGCCAGGUGGUAGACGAUGGGUAUGGCAUUGCGUACAUGAUCAAUGAGGAUAGCCUACAAUUCAACAUCGUCUGCAAGAAACUCGGCGCCGAGCGGAUGAGUUUCUACCUGAACGAGGCCGCGUGCGAGGUGCGCGAUCUGCUGAUGCCGGAUUUGUUGGCGGAGCAGGAGAAGGCGAAGCUGUAA